UCCAGUCAGCCAUCUGUACCUGAUAGUCCAGCCUGACUCCCCAACAGUAGUCCAGCCAGGCUCUUGGUGUUGUCAAGUCCGGUUCUGUACUCGUUACUGUUCGAUGUUGUAACUCAAGUCAAGUCAAGAUUUGUACCCGAGAGUCACGUCUGGCUCUGCCCCGAUAGCCUAGUCCAGAUUCGUACCCGAGAGUCAAGUCCGGCUUCGUACCUGAGAAUCAAGUCCGGCUUCGUACCCGAGAAUCAAGUCCUGCUUUGUACCCCAUAGCCGAGCCAGGUCAGAUCUGGCAGCGACAAGUGUAGGCUUUGAAGUCCUCUGGAAACAGAUAAUAGUCAGUUGCUGAAACCAACGUGUUUCUUUCUGAAUAAACUUGAUCCAUUCUUUGUGGAUAUCAAACAUUGGUUUGGGGACAUCCUGGUCGGAAAGACAUUUGUACAUGCGUUGACUGACACAGACGUGUUUUGAAGGUGAACAAUAUCCUUGCUGAACUAGUAAACCGACAUGACGAUGUUCCUUGGUCUCCUUGUUCUUGUCGCCAUGGCGACGCUUCCUUGCCAGGGUAACAACAAGACUGGGAGUUACAUGCUGACAAUGCCGAGUGUGUUGGAGGUGGGGAAACAACAGAAGAUCUGUCUGACACUGUACAAACACCGCCGAAUGGACGUGUACUACUCCCUGAAGGCUAACAAGAAGCGCUACUUCUACCAGAGACAGAAAUACAGGCGAGGCCAGGGUGGAUGCAUCACCUUUACAAUCCCCCCGGAUCUGGGCGGGAUUCGACACAAGCUGUCCAUGGCAAUGAUCGGCCCCAGACGCAUGAGGGAGCACAAGUCGCACACCUUCACACCGCAACCACAACAGAGAACCACCUUCAUCCACUCGGACAAACCCAUCUACAAGCCGGGGCAGCUGGUGAGAAUCAGAGUCAUGACCAUCGACUCCGAACUGAUGCCAAGCACAGACAAGAUAUCACUCGUUCGGAUAAUCACACCAAAUGACGUCAUCAUGAAACAAUGGCGAGAUCUCGACAAUAAAAAGGGAAUGGUGACUCUAGAGUUCCAGCUGGCGGCAGAACCAGUUCUUGGAGACUGGGUUAUUUUGACGGAGAUUGGAGGCAAGGAAACGCGAGCAAAGUUCGAAGUCGCUGAAUACGUGCUGCCCAAGUUCUCCAUCAUCGUGACGCCCCCGACACGAGUAAACGAAAAGACGGAGCAGAUUGAAGGGGAGGUGUGCUCCAAGUACACGUACGGGCAACCUGUGAAGGGCAAGAUUAUGGUGGACACAUGCAUCACCGAGUUGUCCCAGACAUACGGCACAGGCAAGAAGCCAUGCGCAGUCAUACACGGGGAGAUAAAUGGCUGCUUUACCUACUCAUUUGCCACCUCCAUCCUGAGACCUUACUUCGAAAACCGCUACAACUACCUCAAACUCAGCACCUUCGUGGCCAUAUUUGAAGAGGCGACUGGUCUGCUGGUUAACCAGACUGUUGACGGCCCAGUCAUUAAAAGGUUUGCGGUGAAAGUUGACAUCAAGUCCUAUACGAGGAAGUUUUUCAAACCGCUCUUGCCAUUUGAAUUCAGGGCUCUAGUUACCGGGGAUGAUGGCAAGCCUGUCUCACGUCUGAUGAUGACGCUAUCCAGCAAGCAGACGGGUUUCUCUGGGAAAAUUAUGACCGACAAUAAAGGCUUUGCAUCUUAUUUCUUCACUCGGCUUGGUACAGAAAAAGCACUGGUUAUAUUUGAGCUUUUAGCAGACGACACUGAAAAUCGAAAUCCAAGCACCUUCUACGUGGCUCAGUGGUUUUCGCCAAGUGACAGUUACUUGGAAAUUCAGCCAAUCAGCAAAGCCCUUUCUGUUGGACUUGGACCAAUCCCCAUCUAUAUGACCAAACCCCCAACGACACCAUUUCGUGUUGUUGCGCAGAUUAUGAGUCGAGGGCGCAUCGUACACCACAGCAACAACCGGUACAAAGUUAGAAAGAACCCGGAUGGAUCCUACAGGACCAGCCCGCCCUGGUGUACUAAGCUGAAACAUUGUGCUGCCAGUAAGAAGUUUUCCCCCGACGUCCCGAGCUUCAACGUCUACGUGAACGUCACCUGUUCAAUGGCGCCGGAGGCAACGUUGCUGGUCUACUACCUCACCAACAACGGUGAAGUCGUUGCAGACGCCGAGACCUUCAAGGUGGAGCAGUGUUUCUUGAAUCCGGUGAAGAUGGCGUUCACGCCGUCCAAGGAGUACCCUGGCUACCCGACCCAGCUGUCACUGUCUGCGGCCCCAGGCUCUCUCUGCAUGGUGGGGGUCGUCGAUCAGAGCGUCUACCUACUCGGAGGAAAGAACCAGAUCACGCCGAAACAGCUGUUCUCACCCCUGGAACGCUACAACGCUGACCCCACCAAGCAAUUCAUCAGCGAGGAUGCAGUCACGCAAUAUUGCAUUGAAUGGCUGAAGAGAACUGGUCUCUCCAACUCCGAUGAAAUAGCCAUACCGCAUUACUCCUACUACACAGCCAGGAGUACAUACAAGUACAUAACAGAUUAUGUCGACUCGAACAUGGCGUUCCUGGUAUCGUCACUGAGUACAGUUGGUCCUCUGACGCUGGACUCGAGGCCGUGUAGGAAGGAACACUCAUUCAGGUACUACCGGGGCCGGAGGUCUGUGGACGACGAGUGGCAGUCGGAUGGCCCCGGAUUUGCGGGGUCAGGUGAUGAUGACAGUGCUGACGACGUUGAAGAGGAAGAAGCUGCAGACUCAAAGAAAAAGACAGUAGCAUUGAGACAGUUCUUCCCCGAGACCUGGCUGUGGGACCUGGAGAUCAUUGGUGACUCUGGAAAACUGGAACUGAAUAAGACUCUUCCCGGGAGCAUUACGGAGUGGGUAGGUAGCACUGUCUGUGCCAAGUCGGAUGUCGGUGUGGGCGUGUCUGAGUCGGCGUCUGUGACAGCUUUCCAGCCGUUCUUCGUCUCCUUCACCCUCCCUUACGCCGCCGUCAGGGGAGAAUACAUCCCUCUCACCGUCACCGUCUUCAACUACCUCACAGAAUGUAUUGAGAUUGAACUGCGGUUGAACGAUUCGAUAGAAUUUGACCUCUUGAACCCUGAGCGAGUCACCUGGAUGUGCAUAUGUGGAAACGAGGCAAAACGUCAUGACUUUGUUAUCAUUCCGAAAAGUCUCGGUCACAUCAACAUCACGGCACAGGCCAAGUCGAUUCCCGGGGAUUCGCAGUGUCCGAAGGUCACGGCUACAGGGGAGGCAAUCGGAGUCAAGGACGCCGUGGUCAGACAACUCCUCGUGGAACCAGAAGGCGAUGAGAAGGAAUACACCUACAGCACUAUGGCGUGUUCAGAAACAGGAACAGAAUUCUUUGACUCCAUCGACCUGCCCCUCCCCGCGGACGAAGCAGUAGUGCCCGACUCCGGAAGAGGGGUGAUCAGCGUGAUUGGUGACCUGAUGGGGCCCAGUUUCAGCAACAUCGGCGACCUCCUCCGGGUUCCCUACGGCUGCGGAGAACAGAACAUGAUCAACUUUGCCCCGAACGUGUUCAUCAUGAGAUACCUGAAAGCCACCAAUCAGCUGACAGAGGAGAUAUCGGCCACCAUAGACAAGUACCUCGGAAGUGGCUACCAACGGGAGCUGAACUACAUGCGUGACGACGGAUCCUUUAGCGCAUUCGGCAACUCCGACAGUAGCGGCAGCACGUGGCUCACCGCCUUCGUCAUCAAGUCCUUCACCGAGGCCCAGCCUUUCCUGGAGAUCGACCAGAACGUCCUCAGAAGGGCGAGGCUGUGGCUGAAAAGGAAGCAGAAGUCCAACGGAUGUUUCAAUGAGGUCGGCCGCGUUAUUCACUCCUCCAUGCGAGGAGGUGUCGACGGCGCCAACAGUAACGUGACAUUGACGGCCUUCGUGAUUGGUGCUCUCAUCACCGCUGGUACCCCCAAAGAGGAUCGUGCGAUUCUGAACGCCAUCAACUGCAUCGCUGCGCAGCCCAUCACCGACGUCUACACCAUGGCCGCUGCUGCCUACGCCACGUCGCUCCAGGACGCCAACAGUCGAAUUCACGUCAACGUACAGAGAGGCCUUCACACGAGUGCUAUCAUUAAUGGUUCCUUGAUGCACUGGGAGACGAGGAAGGACGCCAACCGACAGCGGAGCUACUACUACCGCGCUUCCGCGCUGAACGUGGAGACGACGGCCUACGCCCUGCUGGCCUACCUGGAGGAGGACGACCUGGAGUCCAGCCUGAAGAUCGUCAAGUGGCUGCAGAAACAGAGGAACCCUCAGGGAGGAUUCGCCUCCACUCAGGACACCGUAGUGGCUUUGGAUGCUCUUUCUAAGUUUGCCAAACUUGCAUCCAUUGGAGACAAACUGAAGAUGUCUCUGACCAUGCAAGGGAAGGAUGUCUACAAGAACUUCAUCGUGUCAGGGUCCAACAGCAUGGUGAUGCAGACAGAGCCGCUGAAGGUGCCCAAUGAGAUCACCCUGAAUGGUGUGGGCACUGGCUGUGCUCUCUUCCAGGCCACAGUUCGCUACAACACAUACGACCUUGACAAGGUGGACCAACCCUUCACCCUGAACGCCACGGUGCAGCCUCCAGACCCAGUGAAACCAGACUGUGGACGCAGGACAAUCAACAUAUGCACAGCGUUUGUGAAGAAUGGAAGUUCAGGGAUGGCCAUUGUCAACGCCAAGAUGGUGACCGGCUGGCUGGUUGAUGGAGAUUCUCUGGAGAAGCUAAAGAAGGACAAAGCUCUCAAACUGAAACGAUACGAGAUUGAUUCCAAGAGGCCGGACAGCGUGCAUUUCUACUUUGAUGAGCUGAACCCCAUCCAGAGGUGCCUCACUCUAGACGUGAUUCAGGAGAUCAAAGUGGACAACACAAAGGAUGCUGUCAUACAGGUGUACGACUACUAUGACACAGAACUGGUGACGAAAGUCUUCUACAACAUCCAGAAUGACUGUACGCCCAAAACAACUAUCCGACCUCCACUAGGGAAGCAAGUCAGGUCGAACGUGUCUGCUAAGCACUGCAGCACCCGACUUUAGUCGGACUGGUCUUGGUAAAGCUGCAGGCGUCGAAGGAGGCGACGGUGAAAUGACUGACAUCGACGAAGGCGAGGGAGGAUGGAAGUGGAGUGUUGGACCAAGUUGACCCAAUCUACCUCUCUCAUGGACUUGUACCACUGCCCCUCAGUAUCCCAGUAAUGAACAUGCAUUCCAAGAUGGCGGAAGACGUCGACCUAGAUAAUGAGACUCAGAAGAAGACAGACCAGCGACAAAGGUGAAGGUCAGGGUCGGGUCAACCGCCAUUUUGAUAUGUCCACUGGCGUCCACCUACAGGGAUACCCCAGAGAGACCAUAUAAGCUGGCCUGGUUGGAUGAAGAAACUCACACAGUUAUUGCACAUGGUGGACUUCGACUUGUGGACGAAGAAAGAUACAGCGUAGUUGAGACUUCAAACUUGAGAAUCGACAACACUAGACUGGAGGAUUCUGGGAACUAUUCGUGUAGUGUCAACACGGUUCCUGUGGAAACCGCCAUUAUCAGUCUUAUAGUCCAAGAGUCCCCUGUAAUCGUGGCUUCUUCUAACGACACCUGCUGCCAUGGGAGAGGAGGUUACACUUGUUCUGCAACGUCACCGGAAGUCCAGAACCUAAGAUCACGUGGUAUCGGUCCGUGGGUCAAAGAGAACGAAACCGAGUGGGGAAGGGGAGGCAGCUGGUCAUCAAGUCCGCCCAGGCGUCCGCCACCUACCUGUGUAUGGCCAGUAAUGGCGUCCCACCUGGCGCCUCCACUGAAAUGCAGCUCAUAGUCAGUGUUUCCCCUUCAUCCUAUCUAAGACACAGACUAGAGUCGGUGGCCAUCUGAACAAGUCUGUCCUACUGGAGUGCGUGGUGAAGGCCUCGCCCCCACUCACCCAACGCUGGACCAAGGGAGGGCGUGUCCUCACCAGCGGCGA